CCCAGGCCCGUCAAAAUGUAGACUUGUUCUAGGCUGUCCCACACAGCUACACUUUCGACAACGACGACGACAACAUGCUCAUUAUAGACGCAGAUCCAGUCAAUUCCAAGCAGGACUCUGUCGGAGACAGCACCCCUUCGCUUGCAUCAUCAUCUUUGCAGCAGCCUCCUCCAACAUUCGAGGAAAGUGUCGCAGACCAUGUUCUACAUUUUCCUCAGGGCGAUAGUUUGAAUUUUGCACAGGACAGUGGCGAGGAGCCACCCGCCUUUGCCCCUUAUAACGCCCAGUUCUUUACUUCCCGUUCUGGUGACAUCAUUUCUCAUGAUUCUCAUCUCAACGAUGACGGCGAAGCCCUAUACCGUUUCUUACUCUCACAGGCCUCAACAGCACCCACCGUCAUCUUGCGAUGUCAAGGGUCACAUAACGAGACUCACACACGGAUGGUCCACUCGCAUCACAAUGGACAUACCAAGAUGAAGACAGAGCAGUAUACCGAACGCAUAACGGACUUCGACUUUUGCAUAGACGUCGGACAGCACAUUUUCGGAGAGCCAACCCAUUGGUCAUAUGCCGAUUCCACCCCUGCAUAUAGGGGGCGCAUGUAUCAAGAAGUGGGCAUCUCAGAGGAGAAACGCAAGGCACGGAAGUCGGAAAGAAAGACAGCAAAGGCGUGGGAUACCGAGCGCACUCGCAGGGGGUUCCCUCCGUGGAUCGGUAGUGACUACGCAUGGAGAGAGGACCAGCCAUAUGUCAUGCAAACGAGCGGUGUCCUCAGAUCAUCGUGGACAUUACGUCAGUGGGCAGACGACUAUUGUGCCAGCCGCAAGUACUUGAAAGAAUUUCAUUACCACAAGAUUGCCUAUGGUUGGAAUUUUGAGGCCAUGAGGGUUGCUGCUAUUUCCGUCGUCAAUUCUACCCACUAUAGGGGUGACUUGUCUGUCCAAUUUGAAACAUCUCAAAACGUUGUUUCUGUCCGCUCACACAACCGCCUCUCCCGCGCUCUUUCGAACCGCUGGAUCAAGUUUCUGCUCUUUCUUACCCUCAUAUACCCGUUUAUAUGGCUAUUUAAACGUUUCCACUCACGCGGUGGUGGGCGCUGGGAUGUCUGCGGCGGUGCGUAUGCGCUGAAGCGCGUCGAACAAACUGCAAAGCAAUCUGCUCCGGACGUACAUGCGGAGAGUCCUUUCCGUGAUGUGUUUGAGACCGUGGAUGCCACCGCCCAAGGAUCUUCCCUCCCUGACCCUCCAGGCCGACGGAUGAAAGUCGUUGGCAUGCGAGAAGGAGAGUGGCUGAGGCAAUGGGAGGGAACUAUCAGAAGAGCAGUGCAAAACAGGCUGCAGGACAAACAACCCUUGACAAUGCCUGAUGAUCACCCUACGUAUCAGGCAUUGGUGUUGGAUGGGUAUUGA